GGUGGGGGGAGAAGGUGCAUAGUAAGCAACGUGCUCGGCUGGUGCAGAGCAGGCCAGGUAUAGGUAUAUAUAGAUGUUUCAAGCACCCUACUCUAAGAGCCCCCCGUCAAGACUCUUUUGGCUGACUUGAGAAUACCUGGCAAUUGGUUUGGCUCAAUUGACUCUUUGCUACUCGAUUCAGACAAUCACAGAUCUGAUUCCCCCAAGAUGCCCGGACCUGGCGUUGGUUUUGAGUAUCCUCCAAAGGAGGUCAGCUGGACCAAGCGGGAUGCCCUCCUCUUUGCCAACUCGAUUGGCGCCACUGCGGACGAACUUCACUUCCUCUACGAACUCGAUCCCAACUUCUCCGUGUUCCCUACCUACCCCGUCAUCCUCACCUUCAAGGGAACGACGCAGGAGGUAGUCGACUUCUACGCGGCGCAGAAGGCGGUCCCGAUCCCCGGCGUGCCCGAGUUCGACCCGGCGCGGGUGGUGGACGGGCAGCGGCUGCUGCAGUCGUUCAAGCCGCUGCCGCCGUCGUCGGCGGGCAAGAAGUUUGAGAUCCGCACCAAGGUGCUGGGGGUGUACGACAAGGGCCGGCCGGGCACGGUGGUGGAGACGCAGAGCGACCUGGUCGAGGCGUCGACGGGCGACGUCUACACGCGCGUCGUCUCGUCGUCCUUCUUCGUCGCGCAGGGCAACUGGGGCGGGCCCAAGGGCCCGGCCACGGUCAACUACCCGCCGCCGAGGGACCGCGCCCCGGACGUGGUCUUCUCCUACCAGACGACCCCCGAGACGGCGCUGCUGUACCGCCUCAACGGCGACUACAACCCGCUGCACGCCCACCCGGACCCCGGCCGCAAGAUGGGCUUCGGCGGCGUCAUCAUCCACGGCCUCUUCUCGUGGAACUGGGCCGCCCACGGCCUGCUGAAGCACCUCGGCGGCAGCGACCCGGCCAACCUCAAGGAGUACCAGGCCCGCUUCGCCAGCCCCGUCCGCCCGGGCGACAGGCUGGUCGCGUCCGCCUGGCGGACGGGGCAGAAGCAGGGCGAGUGGGAGGAGGUCAGGUUCGAGGUCAAGGUCGAGGGCGGCAAGGUCUGCCUGAGCAACGGCCGCGCGCUGAUCAAGUGCCAGGCUCCGGCAAAGGGGAAGCUGUAAUUAUUUAGACGUAUGGCAUGUUUAAUAUAUUUAUCUUUUUUUUAUUAUCCUUUUCCCUUUUUU